GCGGCAGAGCCACCGUGCAUCUGGGACCCCUCGAGGCGCACAGCUGGGACCUCCAGAGGGGGCCGCGCGGCGCUCAGCUGGACCGGGGAAAGGGGGCGGCGGCUGCACAGCUGGACCGAAGGGGGCGGGGUCGGUCCCCGGCGACUGGCAGAAGCCAGGGCCGCGAGUCGCCGGCUACCGGAGCAUGGGACGGCGCGCCUGAAAAGCGCAGGGGUGAGGCAGGGCCCUGGGACCCCGAGAGGAAAAGAGGAGAGAAAGGGGCGCGAGAGCAGAGGAGGAGGAUGCAACUGACUCGCUGCUGCUUCGUGUUCCUAGUGCAGGGCAGCCUCUAUCUGGUCAUCUGUGGCCAGGAUGACGGUCCCCCCGGCUCAGAGGACCCUGAGCAUGAUGACCCCGAGAGCCAGCCCCGGCCCCGGAUGCCUCGGAAGCGGGGCCACAUCUCACCGAAGUCCCGCCCCAUGACCAACUCGACGCUCCUCGGGCUGCUGGCUCCGCCUGGGGAGGCGUGGGGGUUCCUAGGGCAGCCCCCCAACCACCCAAAACAUAGCCCCCCGCCUUCAGCCAAGGUGAAGAAAAUCUUUGGCUGGGGCGACUUCUACUCCAACAUCAAGACGGUCGCCCUGAACCUGCUGGUCACGGGGAAGAUCGUGGACCACGGCAACGGGACCUUCAGCGUCCACUUCCGACACAACGCCACGGGCCAGGGCAACAUCUCCAUCAGCCUCGUGCCCCCCAGCAAAGCCGUGGAGUUCCACCAGGAGCAGCAGAUCUACAUCGAAGCCAAGGCCUCCAAAAGCUUCAACUGCCGGGUGGAGUGGGAGAAGGUGGAACGGGGCCGCCGGACCUCGCUCUGCACCCACGACCCAGCCAAGACCUGCUCCCGAGACCACGCUCAGAGUUCCGCCACCUGGAGCUGCUCCCAGCCCUUCAAAGUCGUCUGCGUCUACAUCGCCUUCUACAGCACGGACUACAGGCUGGUGCAGAAGGUGUGCCCAGACUACAACUACCACAGCGACACUCCCUACUACCCCUCCGGCUGACGCUGGGCAGGCCACCGAGGCCAGGCCGGGGCUGGAAGGACAGGCCUGCCCACACCGGAGGCCAUCUGUCUGGACACUGGGCAGGGAAGGGGAGGCGCCUCAGGCAGGGAGUAGGUGGAGAGAAGGAGAUGCCAGGUGGGGCCAGGGCCGAGUCUCACGUGCUCGGGAAGGGGUCCCGAGUGCUGGCCUCUCUCCUGAGGUCGUGGAGCGAGCCCCUAGGACACCGGUGCCCUGGAGGCGGAGAGGGUCUCCGCGCAGCCGCAUGGGUGUCCCCACUGAGCGACCGGCGGGUGCUGUGUCUAGGAGGCCCCUGGGGGUGGCAGACCAGUGAGGCCCCAAUAAAGUCAUGGAGACGAGCCUAAAACCUUGGCUGCCUCCCUGCCACCCUGAGACAGGACAGCAACAAGGAGAGGGGUGUUUCAUCAGUGUGGACGCUGAGGAGGUAGUGAAGGAUGGCUGAUCUGGGGCCUCCUGGGAGCCAGUCCUGGGGGGCGGAGGCAGGAGGAACUCCCCAGGCCCUCUCAGUGGGCAGCCCUGAGCCCCUUGUCCUGGACUGUGGACCGAGCUCGGCUUGAGGCUGGAGUGGUGACUUUGGAGUCUUGGAUGUCGUGACAAAUAGAUCACCUGCCUCCAGCCAGGCCUCCCCUUUCCAAAACUCCCUGUCCUGCCAUCGCUCUUCACCCCUCCUCGUGCCCAUGCGACCCCCUUCCUUCCGCUGAGACAGAGGGUGAUCGUGGCUCUCCCAGCACCAAGGCCAUAGGUGAAGCCCGCCUGUGCGCUGUGGCCCUCCUCCGCCCCACCCCCUGCUGGCUCCUCUGCGAGCACCCUUGUCCGGUGAGCCACCCUCCGAUAGUCGUGCCUGGCACACUGGGGCUUGCUGGAGACGUUGCCUCCCCCUUGGCUGUGGGGCUGGGGGAGGCCAGACUCUGGAGGGUGUGCCGGACCUGUUCCGUGGUGUCUGUCUGUGGGGGGCGGGGCGGGGGGGGGAAUCUUGUGAAAUCGCCUGAUUGUCAGCUUCCGUGUGCAGAAUCUUGUUCUUGGAGCAGGGAAUAAAGCUUUCCCGGGC